AUGUCUCGCACCAGACCGAUCUCCUUCGCAACCGGCGGUGUCCACGCCACCGACGCGCCCGUCACCCUCUUCUACCGCGAGCCCGAUGACCGAAACUACCACGCCUGCGGCCUAUACCACACCCCAGGCCUCCACGCCGUCAUCACCGUGGCCCUCGACGCCAUGUGCGACACUCCCGGCCGCACCAUCUUGCGCACCGACGACGGCUCUGGCGCUGCAGUCUCGGUCGAGGGGCUAGUUCAUAUCCUCGCCACGGAGACAAAGCUCGGCGGAGGACAUCUGGACAGCGUCUACGUGACGGUCUACUCCUCGGAUCCGUUUGCUGUUGCCGGUCCGGCGGCGGCCGCGUUGGCUUCGCCGGCUGGCCAGGCGCAGAGAGUGGCCGCGGGAGAGCGGAUUAGCUUCAAUGAGAAGCACGGCUGCUGUGCUAUGCAGUAG